AAUGGAGACACAGCAGUCAUAUAGCUGUAAAGAGACAUGAUCCAGCCCUCUGAGGAGCUAGUAAGGGCAGAGAGUGACCUCACCCUCCAGAACCAGGAGGACUCCCUCCACUAAUGAUGCUGCCAGAUUGAGACUGACAUUACUAACAUUCUACUGUAGGAGAAAACAUCAACCUGGACUUCAGAGAAGGGAACAGGAUGGUCAGAUCCCUCCAUAUCUCUUGCCGAGACAGGAUACUCAGCUACCACAGUAGCAACUGCUCAAGGCAGAAGCUAAUGCUCACCUCAAAGACACGUUUGGAAUCUACAACAACACUUACUUUCUCCUCCAUGAGCCAACCUAGUCCAUUUUAGUUCACUGCGUGGUUAAGGUGCCUCUUUAGACAUGCACAGUCUGAGAGUUGUCAUCCAGCCACUCUGAGGGAGCUAGUGAGGGCAGGGAGUGACCUCAACCUCCAGAACCAGGAGGGACUCACUCCACUAAUGAUAGCUGCCAGGAGUUGGAGAACUGACAUUACUAACAUUCUACUGGAGGGAGAAAACAUCAACCUGGACAUUCAGGAGAAGGGAACAGGAUGGUCAGCCCUCCAUUUCUCUGCUGAGACAGGAAACUCAGCUACCACAGUAGCACUGCUCAAGGCAGGAGCUAACCCUCGCCUCAAAGACAAGAAUGGAGACACAGCAGUCAUAAUAGCUGUAAAGAGACAUGAUCCAGUGACUCUGAGGGAGCUAGUGAGGGAAGGUAGUGACCUCAACCUCCAGAACCAGGAGGGGCUCACUCCACUAAUGAUAGCUGCCAGGAGAGGGAUGGCUGACAUUACUAAAAUUCUACUGGAGGGAGAAUACAUCAACCUGGACAUUCAGGAGAAGAGAAUUGGACAGUCGGCUCUCCAUUUCUCUGCUGUGAUAGGAGACGCAGCUACCAUAGAAGAACUGCUCUUGGCAGGAGCAAAUCCUCACAUCAAAGACAAGAAUGGGGUAACAGCAAUGGAGAUUACUGAACAAAGAGCUCAAUAUGGCCUUGAGUCCGAGACAUUGGCAAUGGGAGAGAUGAUGAGUCAGAGUGCUAUGAGACAACUCAAGUCGGAGAGCAAAGAUAUUGAAGGAGAUGAUACUAGUUCAUCAUGUAGAUUUGUAAUCAUCUGUCACCAUAAUUGGCGAGCGGGAGCGAGCCAACCUAUAUAGUCGUUCGUUCGAGCCGAUUUUGUUAUUUAUCGUCGUUCGUACGUCGUGUAAGUGCGCAUGCGCGACUUUGUUGUAUAAACGCGCUUCCAAAUGUUUACACAUACACACACCGCGGUGCCUCGCGAUAUGCCCCGAUCGAUCUAGACUACUAUAUAGCCAGCGAGAGAACUCUCCUCCAUUCGACGGCAUGCGCUGCAACCUUCGGU